AAAUUUUCCCCUCGCCCAAACCUCCACCGCCCCAUUACGCGCGCCCCUCCUCCGCCCUCCCGCUGCGGGCCUGCGGCGACGGGCGGCACGCCGGCGCAUUCCUUUCCUAGCGGCGACGACAGUGCGAGUGGCGCCGCCCGCCAGUUCUCCGUCGGGCGCUUCGCCGGCUAACGGGCAUCCGACAGGGGUGACACUGCAUAACAAUUAUUUCAUUCAGGAAAAAAAUGGAGCGAUGAAUCAUAAACGGUUCACAAGGAUGACCCGGGGUUGCUGUGGGGUUUCAUAGGCACACCAGGUCUUGCCCAUCGACAGCUACUACCUUGUGGUAUUCUUUGAUGACAGCCAACCACUGAAGCCACAUCUAUUUUCCCAAGAAAGUUGAUACAUUUAGAGGAUAAAGAAUACUGCUAUACACUCAAAUGCGCCACUAGAAUAUGAUCGACUGCAAUAGAGAAGAGGCCUUCAGGGCCAGGGAAAUGGCUGUAAAGAAGAUGGAAAAUAGAGAUUUUGUUGGUGCUGAGAAGAUUGUACUUAAAGCUCAAAAGCUUUUUCCAGAGCUUGAGAAUAUAUCUAAGCUGUUAACCAUCUGUAAUGUGCACUGCGCAGCAGAGUUAAGGGUGAAUGGAGAGAUGGACUUGUAUGGAAUCCUUCAAGUGGAGGAAGGAGCAGAUGAAGCCUUGAUAAGAAAACAGUACCGCAAGCUUGCAUUUUCACUUCAUCCUGAUAAAAAUUGUUUUGUGGGUGCUGAAGCAGCUUUCAAGUUGGUUGCUGAAGCUCAUUCUGUACUAUGUGAUCCCACAAAGCGAUCCCAGUAUGACCUGAAAAGGAAGAGUGGGUUUAGAAAUGUGCCAAAGCCAGCUAAACAGCAGCCAUCAAAGAAAGUUGAUUCAAAUAAACGGAGCAGGCCUGGACUUGGAGAAACAUUUUGGACCAUAUGCUCACACUGUCAGAUCCGAUACCAGUACUACAUCAAGGUCUUGAACACCAUGGUCCAAUGUAUGAGUUGCAAAAGGAAUUUUUUUGCAUAUAAUCUUUAUGAACAUCCCAUGCCCACUUCAUCAAGUGUACCCAAUGGCUCCCAAGUUCCUGCAAACAUGUUUCCAAACAAGCAGCGUGACACUCAGAGUCAACAAGGUCACCCUGUGAAGCCUUCAUGUACAGGUAGAGGCACCAAUGUGAAGCCAAAUGGUUCUCAAGACCCUUCACACAUGUUUCCAAAUCAACAGCAUGGAGUUCCCUGUCAAAAUUCUCAUCCUGAGAAGCCUUCUGCAGGUGGAAACACAGAUGUGAAGCUGAGGAUGAAUGUGGCCCAACAUGAUGAAUACAUGAAAGGGUAUAGUAGGCCAGUUUGUGAUGAGAAGGCUAAUCACCCAGACACGUCAAGGGGGAAAUUUCAAUAUUCAACACUGAAUCAAGAGAAAUCUUCUGUCCCAACUGAAAACAGGAAUAUGCAUGGAAGGUCAAUGCCAGAUUCUUCUGAUCCAAACAUUUUCAACAAACAGAAAUUGGUUAGAGAAGAUGCAUCAGCGAAGCCAGAUGCUAUGAAUAUGCCUUGUUCUGCAAAGCUUUCUUCUGUAGGUAGACAAACAGAUGCAGAUUCAAGGAUAAAUGUUGCGGGCAGAAGAUCAAUGCAAGAUCCUGUUGAUCCAAACAUUACUGACAGAAGGAACUUGACUAGAGAAGAUGCAUCUACAGUGCCUAGUGCUGCAGGAUCCUCUGGUACCCGAAGGUCAGGUAGAAGGAAGCAAGAUGCUGAUGGAAAUAUUUUCCUGAACAUUGAUACCAAAAAGAGGCAGAGGAAGAAUGAUUUUCCAUCUAAUGUUAGACAACCAGAUCCACCUCAUGUCUCCAGCAAUGUUGACGUCCAAGAGAUGGAAAAAACUACUGAUACAGGUGAUCAGGGAAAUAUCAAGGAAGAAGCCCCUGAAGUUGAUACAAGUGAUGAAGACAAUAUCAAGGAAGAAGCUCCUGAAACUGUGAGCGAAAAGAAACCUUCCUAUUCUGAGGUGGUAACAUUUCCUGAUCCAGAUAUCUUCAAUUUUGAGGAGUUCAGGGAUAUCAAUCUGUUUGCAGUUGGUCAGAUAUGGGCCCUCUAUGAUAAUCUUGAUGGCAUGCCAAGGUAUUAUGCUCGAAUAAAGCAAUUUGAUGCCUCCAACUUCAAAGUGCAUUUGGCUUGGCUGGAGUAUGAUGCGAUGGAUGAAGCUGAGGAGUGUUGGACCAAUGAAGAACUGCCUACUGCCUGUGGAAACUUUUGCCUUGGGAAAGGAACUGACGUAUCACAAGAUAGGUCCAUGUUUUCUCAUAUUGCUGCAUGGGUGAAAGGUAAAAAAAGGAAUUCGUAUGUCAUAUAUCCUAAUAAGGGUGAGGUGUGGGCUCUUUACAAGGGGUGGAGUAUGGAAUGGAGCUCUGAUGCAGAUAACCAUAGAUCAUAUGAGUACGAGGUUGUGGAAGUCCUAUCAAAUAUGUCAGUCAAUGAUGGUGCCACUGUUAUCCCACUGGUCAGGAUCAAGGGAUUUGUCAGUUUAUUUGCGACAGCUAAGGAUAAAUCUUCGUUUGUGAUACCAUCAAGUGAGCUUCUCAGAUUCUCUCAUAGCAUCCCGUUUUAUAGGACAAACGGGAAUGAAAAGGUUGGUGUCCCAGGAGGAUUUCUGGAACUUGACAAUGCAUGUCUCCCUGCUGACCUGGAUGCAGCAUUCUCUUCUGUUACUCUUGACUCUUACAUGUCUCUUGGCAAGAAAGAAAGCGGCACAUUUGUUGAUAUGACCACUGACAAUACAAGUCGUAGAGCGGAUCCUGGAGAUGAGCAAAUUGCUCAGAAGGAGAACAACUCUGAAGCACAUGCUUGCCAACCUCCUGAACAAAAUACGACCUCGAAGAAGACUGCCGGUGAUGCCAAUGAAUUUGGUGAUUUCUCUCUGCAAAACGACAUUCCCCCCAGCGUAUAUACAUAUCCUGAUUCUGAUUUCCACAGCUUUGAAGAAGGUCGCUCCUGUGAGAAGAUUUUACGUGGACAAAUAUGGGCCUUGUUCAGUGAGGUUGAUAAAUUUCCCAAGUUCUACGCCUGGAUAAGAAAAGUCAAGCAAGAGCCUUUCAGGGUGCAAUUGGUCUGGCUUGAGGCUUGCCCUGAACAUGAACAGGAGAAGCGAUGGUUGGAGCAGGACAUACCCAUCAGCUGCGGCACUUUCAGGGUCGUCCGAAACUGGAAUGCCAUGUAUGACACAAUGGACACCUUCUCCCAUGAAGUAUACGCCAGAGACACCGGCACAAGGUGGGAGGUCACAAUCACCCCGGAAGCAGGCGAGAUCUGGGCCAUCUACAUGAACUGGGCGCCCGACUGGGUCCCGUCCAGCACCGGUGCCUGCGAGUUCGCAAUCUGCGAGGUCAUCAACCGCACCGAAGCCAGCACGAGCGUCGCCUUCCUGGCCCAGGUCAGCGGGUACCUAUCCGUGUUCAGACCCGACAAGCAGAAAGGCGUCCUGGAGGUACCCGCUCGGGAGAAUCUGAGGUUCUCCCACCGGAUCCCCUCGUUCCGCCUGACGGAAGAACAGGGCGGCAAGCUCCGGGGUUUCUACGAGCUCGACCCCGCCUCCGUCCCCGAUGCCUUCCUUUACAGGGACACCUGACCCGACGACGACGAUUACUACUACUCGCAAAUGUUGAUGCAGACUCUAAUGUAGUUGAACCGAAGUCGACUCGUGCUAGAAUUAUUUGUCUUGUUAAAUGUCAGGCUAUCGAUUUAUAGGGGGUACAUAUACGCCGGUAAGCUUAGACUUACUGAAACCGUACGUGCGGAUACAGC